UACUAUCUAUGCCUCUCACCGCUCCCAUUCACUGCCUUCACGUUUUACAGUGAACAACCUCACCUCUCUGGCUGUCCUAUAUUUCGUCUUCUUCAAGAACCAACUGCAAUUUCAUUUUCAGCAUCUACCUAACUGAUCUAAUCUACCACCUUCUUAUUUCAGUCAUGCAGUAAUACCUAAUAGAUAGCUAAGUAAUCGAUCGAUCCCAUGAAAGAUCUGUCCUUUUUCCUGCUCAAGAACUCUUUAGGAGGCAAGAUGAAGAAAGGCAUGAGAAACCUUUGCAACGGGGAUACCUCCACCUCUACCCUCAACCAGCAAAACAACUCGGCCUUGGCUGCUGCCACAUGUCCACUUCCUAAUUUAAAUUUGGAUACUGAUAUUGAUAUUGAUCACAAUUCAUCAGCAGAAAAAAGUAGCAGUAGCAAUCCUAAUAGUACCGGUGCAGCAGCUGCUCCGGCUCCAACACUGGAGGAAAUGAUUUUGAAGUUAGAAAUGGAAGAGGCAAAUGCGAGACAAGCAAAGAUGAUCAAAAAGUACUGUAAGGGGCGGGAGGGAAGGAUGUCCUGCGUCAACAGCAAUAAUAUUAUUAGCAAUUCCUCCGACAUUUUACUGUCUGCGAGGAAUGCUUUGAAUCAGUAUCCUCGCUUCUCUCUGGAUGGCAAGGAUGCCAUGUAUCGCUCUUCCUUUAGAAACUCUGAUGAUACUAUUAAGCCCAGCAGAAAAUCGGUGUGCUGUGAUUUUCGAUCGGGAUCCAAAUUAUUAAUGCAGCAGCAUCCUCCGAUUGAUCAUGAUUAUUUGCAAUAUUCAUCAUCAUCGUCAGCAGCUAAACUAGUACCAAUUACUACCGCUACUACUACUACUACUUUAGCGGGGGAGAGAGUGAAAUGGUGCAAACCAGGCGUGGUAGCCAAGUUGAUGGGGCUAGAUGCCAUGCCAGUUCCAGUGCCAGUCAAACUAAAUACCAAGGAAAAGCUCAGCUCUCUCUUAAAAACACACAACCUCGUGAGGACGAGGGCCCAAAGGCAACCUAUGCAGACUGCUACUGCUACCGUAGCAGAUGAUCAUAGAACCGGUUGGCCGUCAACCCACCCCUACUUUUUUUAAUUCAUUUUGCUUUCUUUUUAUUAUUAAUUGUGAGUAAAACUAGCUAUCUGUUAAUUACCUCCAUAUAUCAUCCUCCUUGGAAAAUUAUUUUUAUAUAGUUUGUUUCCAAUUAACUAUUAAUUUUUGUUGACAAGCACAUGUAGGUAGUGUGUUCUUGUUUUUAUCUUCAAUGCUUUUUUUCUGUUUUUCCUUUCUCAGUUCUACUUCAUAACUUCUCAUAUUCCAACUGAAAUAGUUGAUCAGACAAUUAAUUAAUAAAUUAAUAAACUCAUUCUAAAGAGAUUUUCAUUC